CCCUCCCCCACUAGGAUGUUACUUUCGUUUUUAAGCAAGCACGUCUCAAAGUUUAGAAGCAGUCAGAAAAGUUCAGUUCUAGUGAAAAUCAGACUAAUCCGGAUCAGUAUCGUGUGUGUGGGACGGUAGCUCGGUCUGAAGGAGUUCUGGGGGGCAAAGGAAGGCCAGUAUCAGGAUGGAGGAGCAGAGCCCAGACUGUCCUGAACCCAGCUGUGUGUCCAUGAAGAGUGAUCAGUCUAAAGAGGACUGGAUUAACUUUAAACAAUCUGCAGAUGGAAGUGUCAUGAUGGAGCAGAGGCCAGACUCUCCUGAACCCAGUUGUUUGUCCAUGAAGAGUAAUCAGUCUAAAGAUGCCUCUAUUAACUUCAAACAACCUGCCGAUCGAAGUAUCAGGAUGGAGCAGAGGUCAGACUCUCCUGAACCCAGCUGUUUGUCCAUGAAGAGUGAUCAGUCUAAAGGUGGCUGGUUUAACUUCAGACAGCCUAAAGGAAGAUGGAAUAUUCUUGGAAGAAUAAAGAAGAGGCUUGAUUGUGUGGAGGAACGAUCCAGAACACCACAGCUGCAGAUAUCCAGUCAGUCCAGAAGUGUAACAGCAGACAGAGGUCUACAGGAGGUUCUAGAUGAACACAGGAUCAGUCUGAGGGAGAGAUGUGAACAUGUGACUGAAGGAACUGAUGAAGCAGGAAGUAGAACCCUCCUGAACAGGAUCUACACUGAGCUCUACAUCACAGAGGGACAGAGUGAAGAGGUGAACAGCCAACAUGAGGUGAGACAGCUUCAGACAACUUCCAAGAUGGAGAGCCUCCAUGAGACUCCAAUCAAGUGUCAGGACAUCUUUAAAGCCUUACCUGGCCAACAGAAACCCAUCAGAGUGGUUCUGACCAACGGUGUGGCUGGUGUUGGAAAAACCUUCUCUGUGCAGAAGUUCACUCUGGACUGGGCAGAGGGCUUGGAAAACCAGGACAUCAGUCUGCUGGUUCUGUUUUCAUUCAGGGAGCUGAACUUGAUCAGAGAUAAGCGCUACAGUCUUCUGGAGCUGCUCCAUGUUUUCUAUCCAACAUUACAGAAGGUCAGAGCCCAGACGCUGGCUGUCUGUAAACUUUUGUUUAUCUUUGACGGCCUGGAUGAAAGCAGACUGUCUUUGGAUUUCAGCAUCAGUGAGGCUGUGUCUGAUGUGUCAGAGAAGUCCUCGUUAAACGUGCUGCUGAUUAACCUCAUCAAGGGGAAUCUGCUUCCCUCAGCUCUCAUCUGGAUAACGUCUCGACCUGCAGCAGCCAAUCAGAUCCCUCCUUCAUGUGUGGACAGGCUAACAGAGGUCCGAGGCUUCACUGACGCCCAGAAGGAGGAGUACUUCAGGAGGAGGUUCAGUGAUGAAGAUCUGUCCAGCAGAAUCAUCUCCCACAUCAAGACAUCCAGGAGCCUCCACAUCAUGUGUCUGAUCCCAGUCUUCUGCUGGAUCACUGCUACAGUUCUGGAGCACAUGAUGAGUAGGAAGCGGAGGAGAAAGCUGCCCAAGACCCUGACAGACAUGUACUCACACUUCCUGUUGGUUCAGACAAAGAGGAAGAAGAGCAAGUACGAUGAGGGACCUCAGAUGAGUCCUCAGGAACUCAUCAGAUCUGACAGGGAAGUUCUUCUGAAGCUGGGGAGGCUGGCGUUUGAACAUCUGGAGAACGGAAACAUCAUGUUCUACCAAGAAGACCUGGAGCGCUGUGGUCUGGAUGUCACAGAGGCCUCUGUGUACUCAGGUGUUUGUACUGAGAUCUUUAAAAGAGAGAGUGUGAUCUUCCAGAAAACAGUCUACUGCUUUGUUCAUCUGAGCGUUCAGGAGUUUCUGGCUGCAGUCUACAUGCGCCACUGUUUCACCAACAGGAACACAGAUGUCAUCGAGGCGUUCCUAAAAGAGGACAACCACAGAGACGUAUCCACAAACUCCUCUCUAAGAACAAGAAAGCCAUUUCAAACUCCAUCCCUGGUAGGCAUUCUGAAGUAUGCCAUGGAGAAAUCCCUGAAAAGUCCAAAUGGACACCUGGACCUGUUUGUUCGCUUCCUUCAUGGCCUCUCUCUGGAGUCUAACCAGAGACUCUUAGGAGAUCUGCUGGGUCAGACAGACAACAGUCCAGAAAUGAUCCAGAGAGUCAUCAAGAACCUGAAGGAGAUGAACAGUAAAGGUAUCUCUCCUGACAGAAGCAUCAACAUCUUCCACUGUCUGAUGGAGAUGAACGACCUCUCAGUACAUCAGAACAUCCAGAAGUUCCUGAAGUCAGAGAACAGACCAAGGAGGGAACUCUCUCUGUUCCAGUGCUCUGCUCUGGCCUACAUGCUGCAGAUGUCAGAGGAGGUUCUGGAUGUGUUUGAUCUGAGCCACUACAACACAUCAGCCCAGGGAAGACUGAGACUGAUUCCAGCUGUGAGGAACUGCAGGAAGGCUUGGCUUUAUGGCUGUGGACUAUCAGAGACUCACUGUGAAAUCGUGGCCUCAGCUGUAAAGUCCAACCCCUCACAUCUGAGAAAGCUGGACCUGUGGAACAACAACCUGCAGGAUUCAGGAAUGGAGCUUCUUUCUGCUGGACUGAAGAGUCCAAACUGUCGACUGGAGACUUUGUGGUUGGGGCACUGUGGUUUGUCAGAGAUCAGCUGUUCUUCUCUGGCCUCAGCUUUAAACUCCAACCCCUCGCAUCUGAGAGAACUGGGCCUGAGUGACAACAAGCUGCAGGAUUCAGGAGUGGAGCUUCUUUCUGCUGGACUGAAGAGUCCAAACUGUCGACUGGAGUCUCUAUGGUUGGAGCGCUGUGGUUUGUCAAAGAUCAGCUGUUCUUCUCUGGCCUCAGCUUUGCAGGCCAACCCCUUACAUCUGAGAGAGCUGGACCUGAGUGGAAACAAGCUGCAGGAUUCAGAUGUAAAGCCGCUGUCUGAUCUUCAAAAGGAUCCAGACUACAGACUGGAGACUCUGGGCUGGUGGAGUUUUCAUGAUUAAAGAGAGGAUCCUGAUUGUCCUGCUUGUCAGAGAGGGGGAAGCAGCAGCAGCUGUCUGUGGUGAGUCUGUAACUGGGCCGUGUUACUGGGAGACUGACAGACCAAUCCCAACCAGUGGAGAUGAGACUGCUCUGAGAUCAGCUCCACUGUGGACCUCCCCCAUGUUUCUAUUCUAACACAGAUUCUCAGCGUAAACUGCUUUAGGACUAAAUGACUGAAGAUGAACGUCUCCAUUUGGAUACAGAUGUUGAACUUUCUGUCACAGCGCCCCCUUGUGGAAAUACAUGAACGAGGGUUAGCGCAACUUUGGUAGAGGCUAGCUUUGGUACAUGACAAUCUCCCACUACCAAGACAAACAUUUUCUGAUCCCUGAUCUUUAACAAAUAGCUCAUUACCAAAAAGAAUGGUGUUGUAGUGAAAUACCUUCAGGCCUGCAGGAUUUCUAAGGGCGGGGGGGGGGGGGGGCUUCCCCGUGU